AUGAGAAAUUCAGAGGCCGGCUGCCGGGUCAAAAAUAAGACCCCUGCUCCAAUUCAAAUCACGGCGGAGCAAAUCCUCCGCGAGGCAUGCGAGCGGCAGGAAGCCGAGAUCCGCUGUCCUCCGAACCACAAAAUCGCUGAUUCGGGUGAGCUCGCUGACUACAGCCUUCGCAAGAGGAAGGAUUACGAAGACCUGAUCCGGCGGGCAAAGUGGAACAUUAGGGUUUGGGUUCAGUAUGCUCAGUGGGAGGAGUCCCAGAAGGAGUUCGGCAGAGCUCGAUCGGUUUGGGAGCGAGCUCUGGAGGUGAAUUACAGAAACCACACGCUUUGGCUCAGGUACGCAGAUUUUGAGAUGAGGAACAAGUUCAUUAAUCAUGCUAGGAAUGUUUGGGACAGGGCGGUGAGCCUUUUGCCUAGAGUGGACCAGCUGUGGUAUAAGUACAUACAUAUGGAGGAAAUGCUGGGCAAUGUGGCUGGUGCUCGGCAGAUUUUUGGUAGGUGGAUGAAUUGGAUGCCUGACCAGCAAGGCUGGCUUUCGUACAUCAAGUUUGAGCUUCGGUACAAUGAGAUUGAGCGUGCUAGGGAUAUUUAUACUGCUUUUGAGAAGCAGUAUGGAGAUAACGAGGGCAUCGAAGAUGCUCUACUGAGUGAAAAGAGGCUUGAGUAUGAAGAUGCUCUACUGAGUGAAAAGAGGCUUGAGUAUGAAGAUGCCCUACUGAGUAAAAAGAGGCUUGAGUAUGAAGAUGAAGUGAGGAAGAAUCCAUUGAACUACGACGCUUGGUUCGACUACACCAGGCUGGAAGUAAGUGCGGGGAAUAAGAAUAGAGUUAGAGAGUUGUAUGAACGUGCUAUUGCGAACGAGCCUCCUGCCCAGGAAAAGAAGUAUUGGCAGAGAUAUGUGUACCUGUGGAUAAACUAUGCCCUGUAUGAAGAGCUUGAUGCAGAAGAUGUCGAGAGAACGAGGGCGGUUUACAGGUUAUGUUUGCAACGAAUUCCUCACGAGAAGUUCUCAUUUGCUGGGAUUUGGCUUUUAGCAGCUCAGUUUGAGAUCCGGCGCUUAAAUUUGAAGGGUGCCAGGCAGAUUUUAGGCAAUGCAAUUGGGAAAGCUCCCAAGCACAAGAUUUUCAGGAGAUACAUCGAGAUAGAGCUGCAGCUAGGAAAUGUGGACCGUUGCCGGAAGAUUUAUGAGAAGUACCUGGAGUGGUGCCCUCAAAGUAGCUGUGCUUGGAGUAAAUUUGCUGAGAUGGAGAGAUCCCUGGGCGAAACGGACAGGGCAAGAGCAAUUUUUGAGCUGGCAGUUGAUCAGCCAACCUUGGAUAAGCCUGAGCCUCUGUGGAAGGCAUAUGUUGAUCUUGAAAUUUCUGAGGGGGAAUACGAGAGAGCACGACGACUUGAGGAGAGGCUUUUAGAUAGAACCAUGAAAAGGAGGCGGCCAAUCCAUUCAGAAGAUGGUGGUCUCUCUUGGCUGGAGGACAAUCUUGCUCCAAACCGCAAGAUAAUGGAAGCUGCCUACAACUGGAAAAGACAACGAGUUUCUUCCUUGAACGAUUAG